UGCAUGUAGCUUAGCUAACUGUCUCUCAAACACACUGCCUUGCGCAUAAACUCUCACACACCGUCAAUCUCUCUUGUGAUAUCCAGCUUUCUGUUGUCACUUUCUGUUGUUAAAUCCAGCAGCCUUCUGUGGUCUGUGUUGAGCUGACCUGGUUGUACGGGCUUGUUACCCUCUUCAAUUUUCUACAGACUGAUCUGUGAAUGCAUCCCCUGGCCUGUGGCAGUGGCUAGCUCUUCUUAUAGAUGCUGCAACCCUCCUGUAGUAUAUGUUAGUAGACAGACCUUUAAUGUUCUCUAUACAAACUUGCAUUAUGUACUGUAUCUACACUACUGUAUGUUCCUCAGAGAUGGACCCAUGUUUUUAGGUGGCUUCUGUCUUGGUGAUUUUAGGGCURUACCUCUCUCCCUCUCUCAAGUGUCUUGUUUCAUAUCGGUGCAUAUCGUCUCAACAUUAUGACAACACAGCGACUCCAGUCAGUGCGCAACCGGCUGAGGGAGAUUGUGGGAGCGUCCACUAACUGGAGCGACCACCAGCAGGCGUUAGCUGACCGUUUGUCGUUGUCCAAUCAGCUGGCUGGUUCUCAAGAUGAGCUUCCUGUCCGCAGGAUGAAGGACAGCUACAUAGAGGUCCACCUUCCCCUGGGCACAGACCCUACCCUUAGAGAGAAAUACCUUAACUACCACAAAGGUGUCAGGUUUGGCCGUAUCCUGGAGGAUCUGGACAGUCUAGCAGUGUUGAUCUGUUACUCUCACACCCAUAACAAGGCACUUCAGAGAUCUCCUCUGUCCAUCGUCACUGCCCUGGUGGACAAGAUAGACAUGAGGAAACAAAUCAUCCACCCUGACUGUGACAUCAAGUUCACUGGUCACGUGACCUGGGUGGGGAAGACCUCCAUUGAAGCCAAGAUGCACAUGUCUCAGUACCAUGAUGGGGCCUACACUCCAGUUCUGGAUGCUACGUUUGUUAUGGUGGCCAGAGACCCUGAGAACAAGAGGGCGGCGUUUGUUAACCCUCUGAAACCAGAGGGGCCUGAGGAGGAGGAACUGUUUCAACAGGGAGAGAUCAAUAAGACGCGUCGUAUAGAGCUGAGUACAGCGUCUCUACUGAAGGUGGCCCCUACUGCUGAGGAGAGGAAGAUCGUACACAGCCUGUUCCUCAACACCCUGGACACCAAGACAGUGAGUUUCCGCAGCAGAGUUCUGCCUCCUAACUCCGUAUGGAUGGAGGACGCCAAAGUCAAAGGAUUGGAGAUCUGCCAUCCACAGGAGAGGAAUAUCUUUAACAGGAUCUUUGGAGGGUUUCUGAUGAGGAAAGCUUACGAGCUGGGCUGGGCUAACGCAUGCGCCUACGGGGGGUGUCGGCCUAACCUGGUUGCCGUGGACGAUAUCCUCUUCCAGAAGCCUGUAGAGAUUGGCUCCCUAUUACUGCUCUCAUCACAGGUGUGUUACACAGAGGGGAACUACAUCCAGGUCAGAGUUCAUACAGAGGUCCUUGACCCCUUGACCCGGCAUCACAACACCACUAACGUCUUCCACUUCACCUUCGUCACAGACAAAGACGUCCCCAACAUAGUACCGCAGAGCUACGGAGAGUCCAUGUUGUACCUGGAUGGGAAGAGACACUUUAACCAGACCCUGGAGUCUCAGUGAGACAAGAUGAACCCUGACCCAACACAACAACUGCCUGCCAAAGCCCUAGUGUCCAGCCACCCCAACCGCCAUCCUUACUGUACGCUGUGUGUGUGUGUGUGUGUGUGUGUGUGUCUAUUUGCAUGAACAAUAUGUCUUAAUUUGUUUCUCACUAUGUACUAUAUACACUUAGUGACAGUUUAUUACGUACACCCAUCUAGUACCGGGUCGGACCCCCCUUUGCCUCCAGAACAGCCUGAAUUCUUCAGGGAAUGGAAACGUUGC